AUCACACAUCCGGGGAACUGGGGGACAGCUUCUUGAAACAUUGGUUGGAAAUAAGCAGGAUGACUGGAAUGAAAAUGGCAGAAAAGUCGGAUUCAGGGAAAGUGGCAACACCAGAGGGAAGCCAGCCAAGUAGAGGAGAGAAGAGGCGUUCCGUACUAAUAGGUGUGAUUGCUUCACUCUCCACGGCACUGGUCCUUGGCUCAAUAUUCUUCGGUGUCAUAUUCUACCUCCAAGAACAGAAAGCUGAAGAGAAACCGGAGUGGGUAUCUUGGAUCCGGAAAACCGGAAAUGUGGACAUCCACGAGUCGGUUUUGAUUGAUGACAAAGAAGAAACGAUUCUCAUGGUGUCGGCGGAGGCGUACAGGAUUCGCGAGGAGAACUCUAUGGCCCUUCACGACUUCAAACUUGGCUAUGUGGCACUGAGAGACUUUAAGCAGAACGUUUGCUUGGUUACCAAGGUGAAAAAUCCGGAUUUCCAGUCCGUUAAGCAAAUGCUGGAAGCAAGACAGGGGAAGACUCUUGAUCUUCAGCCAUUGAUGGAAGGUGAAGCCCAGGUUCGCAACAUGACGUCAUCAGAAUUAGGGCCCAAGUUGCGCCAGUUUUGUGAUGGAGUCCCAGCUCAUUGGUUCGAUGUCAAGGAGACAGGUGAAUCAUUUACAUCAUUCAUCUUUUACCCUGCUUUAUUCCUCUUUACCUGAUUUUUCAAAACUUCAGUGUGAAACCCUUUCAACACAUACUAAAAAUGGAAUUAUUGGAAAUUCCAUAAGGUUCUUGAAAAGUUCACGUGGUUUACUUCGAAUAAAGAAAAAAUAUUCUUAACGUCAAUGCAUUAAUCAAUCACUCUGUCAGUCAACCAAUUACGCUGAAUAUCACCAUAUCUGAAGAAAUCUCGAAAAGCACCCAACAAGAAAGAUAUUGAUUAUGUGGGGGAAAAUGUCACCCCCAAAAAUGUUUUUUUAUUUUUGUGGCCUGCUUUUUGUCAUAAUAUUGAUCCUGUAUUUUAAGCGUUUUUGUUGUGGUCCGUUGGCCACUUAGUUCGAAAAUGAAGUCGACAGUGAACUUAAUUACCGAUUUAUGUUGAAUGCCUCCCUUCAUCCCCCUACCCCCCUCCCCCUUCGUUUACGUCAGGACAGAAACCCUCCUAGUUUUGGGACUGAUUGCUAGGGUUUGAGGAAUUAAGACUGUAAAAAUCACUUUUGCCACACGGCAAUAAUCCUCAGAACAUUUUAGUACUUUUGUACGUCACGACAUAUCCUAUGAUAAGCUAACAAUAAAAAAAAUAAUAGGAUUUAUAAUAAAUACCAAAUCUUAAUAAAAUUGGAAUAUACAUGGCGCGUCAUUUUUUAAAAUAAAUUUAGUUGUAAUCGAAAAACUGUUUCAGCUGUGAAGAGCAGAUACAUAGGUGCAGUUGUUGUACUUGAUACUU